GGAGGGAUGGAGGGAGAGUUGCACUGAAAGGAGUCCUGGCUGCUGCUUGUGCUGCUGUACUGCACGACGCUGUCAGCAAAGAAGCAGCUGAUCUCUGCACAUAGAUGUCUGACAGUAACAUGUUCAACGGGGACUCCAAUCUUGUGAAAGAUGAGAAUCUGAGCAGAUAGGAGGACGGAGACACUCAAGAGUGAGACGUUUGACCUGGUUUGGGGAUGAACAGCUGCCAAGUGUUGGGUUUGAAGAUGUGGGCCUUGAUGGGAUUCGUCUGUCUGUGGCACUGUGUCUCGGGAGAGUUGUUUGACACCAAGCUCAAAGCCCCACGACUGAUCUGCAGUGUUCCUGGGUCACCCGGACUGCCUGGCAAACCAGGUCCCAGCGGGCCCCCGGGAGCAGAUGGGAAUGUGGGUAUCCCAGGAAGAGAUGGAAGAGAUGGCAGGAAGGGUGAAAAAGGAGAAAAGGGUGACACAGGAGUGAAGGGCAGGGUAGGCCCGACAGGUAAACUUGGAGAACGAGGUGACCGCGGCCCUCCAGGCAAACGAGGCCCUACGGGAGAGAACGGAGAUGGUGGCUUGCCUGGUCCUCCAGGACCCGACGGAGAGAAGGGGGACAAGGGCAAACGAGGACCGCGGGGCACUGCAGGAACCUGCAAAUGUGGCAGCCUCCUGCCUAAAUCUGCUUUCUCUGCGGGAAUCACCAGCAGCUACCCUGCAGAGAAAACCCCCAUUAAGUUCAACAAGAUCCUUUUCAAUGAAGGCGGACACUACAACCCACAGACGGGCAAGUUCAUCUGUGCAUACCCAGGCAUUUAUUAUUUCUCCUAUGACAUUACACUGGCCAACAAACACCUGGCUAUUGGUCUGGUGCAGAACGGUCAGUAUCGCAUCAAAACGUUUGAUGCCAAUACAGGAAACCAUGACGUGGCAUCUGGGUCCACCGUCAUGUACCUGAAUCCAGAAGACGAGGUGUGGAUGGAAAUCUUCUACCAUGACCAAAACGGUUUAUUUGCAGAUGCUGGCUGGGCUGACAGCCUCUUCUCUGGCUUCCUUAUCUAUGCGGACAGCAACUACUUUGACACACUAGCAGAGGACUACGCAUAGAGCCUGAAAAACUCAAGAGACAAAACCACAAGCUCCUAGUCACUGUCACACACACAUAUAAAGACUAUAUUUUUAUACCAAUAUUUGUAUUGCUAGUUAUAUUAUUAGAAUGGAGACUUAUCUAUUGUUUUAAAAGUAUAUUAUUUGAUAAAGUCUUUAUAUGUUUAUGAUUUAAUUAGAAUCAAAUAAACAUUGUUGAAAGGUAAUGAUGGUUUACAUGUUUCCAUUUGCAAAAAGAAGUAAAACUGAAACAUGUGUGAGACAAAGUUAUUGGACAAUAGAAAGCUGAAAAGUGAAAACAGGCCAGCCAUGUGUUUAUUAUUGGUGAUAUUUCCAAAAACAACAGCUGCAGAGAACUUCCUCCUUUUCUUUAUUUAGUGCAAGAAAUAUUAAUAAUAUUAUGAAACGUAGAGAUCAUUCUGAUGUGGUGGAAAUGAUGGUGCGAUCCUGGCUACCUCAGAUAAUAACAAAAACCAACUAAAACUAUAUCCUGGCCAAAAAAACAAAAAACAAAAAACAGGACAAAAAAGAAGAAACAAUCAUGUGAACAGAUUAAUAAGAUACCGAAAUGAAAAAAAAAAAAAUCAAAGAUAAAGUUGUGUACCAGAGUUUAUAUUGGUUUUUGUUUUGUUUCUUUUUUACUUAAGCUUGCUGAAAAUAUGAACAAAGCGUAAGAUCAGAGAGAUGGUCGUCAACUUCAGAAGAAAAAGGGCAGCAACUUGGGAGUGACAAAUACCUGGGCGUCCACAUCGACAGCAGGGCAAACUGAAAGACCAACACAGAGGCUCCAUACAAGACAGGGAUGAGCAGGCUUUAUUUCCUAAACAAGCCGAGAUCCUUUAGCGUGUGUAGCAAAAUCUUAGAGCUUUUAGCCAAUCGGUUGUGUCUGUGUCUGAAGUUUAGACAGCUUAUGAGGAGGAGGAACUGUUAUGCAAAUUUCCUGCUUAAUAAUACUUUUGCUUGAAUUAUACUAGGAUAGUUUGGUUCACAAUUCUAGUCCUUUUUAUGUGUUAUUGUGCCUGGUUCAGCCUCUUAGUUCAUCAUCUAAAAGAAACCCUCUAUUUAAGAAAACUUUGUUCUGAAUGGCUGUUCCUUGUAAACUGAGGAAGUCUAAACUUUUGGCUCACAGGAACUAUUUGUACACUGACCUUAUUAUUUGAAACUUUGACCAUGUUUAAUAGGAACAUCUGGCUUUGUAACAGUAUAUAUUCUGUCAUGUGAAGAUGUUUUCACAGGACUCGUGUGAAAAGCGUACUCUAUGAUUCAGUCUUUAUCAGUCUCUCACGUUAGAGGAAUUCUGCCCCACGUUUCUUUACAAUGUUGCUUCAGUUGAUUGAGGUUUAUUCAUGCACAGCUCUCCUAAGGUCAUGCAACAGCAUUUCAGUGGGGUUGAUGCCUGGACUUUGAGUGGGCCACUGGGCUAGCUUUAGCUCUUGAUCAGAUGGUAUAACAUUUGACUCUAUAAUACAGAAGAAUUCAUGGUCCACCUGAUGACUACAGUGAUCAGACAAGCCAAAGAGGUAUGAGGUGUAUGUUGUGUUGAAUUUUUUGCCAGACAUAGUGCUGUGUAUUAUGACCAAACAUCUCCACUUUGGGCUCAUCUGUCCAACUGAAAUUGUACCAGAAGUCUUGCGAUUUGUUCAGAUGCAACAUGCAAACGUAAACCAUGCUGCCAACCUUUUUUAGAGAGUAGAGUUUUCUCCUGGCUUUCCCCUUCCACAUAAAAUCCAUACUUGUUCUGUCACGGUCCUGAGUCUUCAGCCCAGUUUUUGUGUUUGUUAUGGUCUAUGUUUAUGUCUUUUGAGAUCAGUGUUCCCUAAUCUCUCAAGCCAGCCGGAUGGAGUGGGGGGGUUUUUUUUCCAUUUCUCUGAGAAUUUCAAGGUCUGACUUUACGGUGAAUUUGCUGGGAUGUCCAGUCCCGAGUAGACCUGAGAAGCGUUGUGUUAACACACACCUGAAUGCUCCAGACCAGCAAACUGCUAAAACAUCUGCUUUAAUAGAGGUGCUCAAACUUGCUGAUGAUCAAUUAAUCAAUAAAUCAACAACUGUACUUAGUUUUUCAUAGUAGAAAGGCACAGACUCCUGUUCAGAUGGCUGUAAGCUUUAUUUCUUUAUAAGUAAGGGUAAGAAAAUAAAGGUAAGCAUCACAGGUCCACUUUAUCAGAAAUUAAAUUUACUGAUAUACAAAUUCCCUAGUAUUGUAAUGACAAUCAUUAUUGACCAGAAACCAAAAAAAUACAAAGCUAUAAAUGUUAUUAAAGAGUAUUAAAUCAU